CAGCUAAACAAACAAGUUCAACUACAGCAAAUCAACAAAAAUCAAGUCAGUCGACAACUUACCAACUGAGAUUGAGUCUAACUACAGAAUAUCGUAAGUUAGCCACCCAUCCAAUGGCAAGAGGAACGUCUUCUCCAACUCAGAAAGACUCUAGCUCUCAAGGAAUUCCUAUAUACAUUAUUGUUGCGGCAAGCGUUGGUGCACUAGUUUUGAUCUUCGUGAUCGUCAUCAUUAUUGUUUGCUGCAAACGAAAAUCAGCUCGCAAAAGAGAAUUGAACUCAGACCUUCAAACAACUGAACACAUUUACGCAAACAGCAAUACUGCAGAAACAAAUUUUGGGGUAGAUGUGAACGUCGACUGUACCCCAUCCGAUUCAAUGACGUUUUUGCCGUCCAAGCAAGUCCCCAAGGCAAACGACGUGUUAUCGACUCCUCUCGAAGAAGAAUCUGUUGAACAAUCCAAACUGUCGACUUUUCUUUCUAACGUCGUUGAAACGCAUCCAGCUACUCCGGGAGAACCGCUACACCCAGACAACCAGGCAGCUGUAGCCACUGACGAUGAUAGAAAAUCAACAAACCAGGAUUUGCCUCAAAACGAAGAGACAAGCACUCAAACAACCUCUACAGUGAACCCAGGGGAGCAUUACGCUGUACCAAGUUGUUCAAACGGCUCUGGACCCCGGGAAACUUCGAAUCCACUGAUUGCUAUCCCGUUCUAUGAAGUCAUUCCGUGUCGGAAGGCCGACGAAGUAGAUGACGUCAACAAUGUGACGUUGGUAGAAUCUCGGAUAGAAUUCAACCAAGACGCGAAAAAUAAAAUGGGGAAUUUCAAAACAGCAGACCAAGGCGGAUCUUUUCAAGUUACUACACUUUAUGCAACAGUCGACAUGGCCAAGAAAACAACCAAAGAAGAACCUCCACCAAAGGCGAGUGAAGUUCAGUAUGCAGAGUUAGAAACGAGUUUUUCUGGCUCGAUCCAACAGCUACUAGCAAAACCAAGUGUCGUAUAUUCUGAAAUGAAUUCUGAGCAGCCAAUGCCAAGAAACGACGAACAGAAACUCUGAAGAGACUGAGAAACGCAAAUGUUCAAUCAACGGUUUAAUAUUCUUUAUACACUAAUUAUGCGCUGUUUAGUUAGUUUCAGUUUCAAGCAUUUAUUUCUUUUUUUGCGUAGCAUUUUAAGAUUUUUUGAUUGUCGACUUUAGCUGUGACGGUGCUAACAGUUGCAAAGAGACAAAACAUUCGCAUUAUUGUACUAUCAAUAAAUUACACAAAAACUA